UUGAUUGCAUUCUUUGUUGGUGACUUGGCUUAUGUUGAAGAAACAACAUCUGGAGUUCAAAAUGGAGGAAAACCUGUAUUAGUUCGAGUUUAUACACUAAAGGGCAAUGAAGAAACUGGUCGAUUUGCUUUAAGUGUUGCAGUAGAUUGUUUGGAAUACUUUGCCGGAGUUUUCGGAAUUCCUUAUCCCCUCCCCAAAUGUGAUAUGGUCGCCAUACCCGACUUUGAAGCUGGUGCUAUGGAAAAUUGGGGUCUUAUAACUUAUCGCACAACCGCAGUUUUGUUUGAUCCUAAGGCUUCCGACGCUAGAUUUAAGCAGCGUAUUGCAUAUACUGUAUGUCAUGAAUUGGCACAUCAGUGGUUUGGAAAUCUUGUGACCAUGGAAUGGUGGGAUCAUUUAUGGCUUAACGAAGGUUUUGCUACUUGGGUGGGAUAUCUCGCAGUUGAAAAGAUUUUUCCUGACUGGGAUAUUUGGACUCAGUUUGUCUCAGAAGGUUUUCAACGAGGACUUAAACUUGAUUCUCUUAAAUCAUCUCAUCAAAUUGAAGUGCCUGUAAAUGAUCCUAGUGAAAUCAGUCAGAUAUUUGAUGCCAUCAGUUAUUAUAAAGGAUCAUCUGUUAUACUCAUGUUAAGCAAUUAUCUCGGUGAAAAUGUUUUCUUAGCAGGUGUGAGACGAUAUCUUAAAAAACAUGAAUAUGGAAAUGCGAGUACAAAUGAUUUAUGGGAUUCUUUAGCCCAAGAAAGUGGAAGAGAUAUUAGUGAAUUUAUAUCAGUAUGGACUAGAAAAGUUGGAUAUCCGGUUUUAACUGUUACAGAACCGAGUCCCGAUACAUUGAAUAUUUCUCAAUCUCGUUUCCUUUCUACCGGAGUAAUUGAUCCGGAAGAAGAUAUUACAACUUGGUGGGUUCCACUCAGCAUAGAUGUUGGAUCAGGAGAUUAUAAAGAUUUUAGAGAUGUCGUUCUAACGCAAAAAGAAAAAUCCUUGAAAUUACCACCACCAGUGAAGAAGGGUAUGUUAGAAACAAGUGAUCGCGUAGGAUUAGUUGCUGAUGCAGGAGCUUUAGCCACAAGUGGUCACGGAAAGACAAGUGGAUUAUUGAAUCUUAUUAAAGAAUUUGACAAAGAAGAUCAAUACAUCGUAUGGAUGGAAAUUAGCAACUGCUUGAGUGAUUUGACAUCUGUUUGGUUUGAGCAGCCCGAUUACCAGGGUCUUUUAGCUUUCCAAUGUGAUUUGCUUUCUGAAUUAGUCCGUAAAUUGGGUUGGGAAUAUUCGGAUGAUGAUGAUUACUUGACUACUAUGUUGAGGACAUUAGUCAUUAAAAUUGCAGGUAAAGCCGGAGAUAAGGACGUUGUCAAUGAAUCACAUCGUAGGUUUAAAUUAUUUAUAAAAGGUGAUGAAUCCGCUUUACAUCCAAACAUCCGUGGAGCCGUUUAUGAGAUAGUAUUGAUUCAUGGUGGAGGCGAAGAAGAAUUUGAGGCCAUAUUGAACCUUUAUAAAACCGGCAAGAUUGCAGAUCAAAGGAUUAUAAUAUUAUCUGCACUAGGGCAUGCACAACAGGAAAAUCUGAUCCAAAGAGCUUUGAAUUU